AUGGAGUUGAAAUGUGAUGUAUCACAAAUCUUUGUUGGUUUGUGGGUUAUUUUUCAGAAUAAGGAUCUCCGCCUGCAACACAGCUCCAAAAGCUACAGUCGCAGUGGCAUUGGCCGAAGCAGAGAGACGCUAGCUUUAAUCAUAAUCUCAGCCGGAUCCAACCUCAUUAUUGUGGUUGUCGCUCCUCUUGUUGCCAGAUUUCUCACCGCUCUCAGCACCUCCACCAGAAAAUCCAACAAUCGGCAACCCAUUGCCGGCCCAGCAAUCGACAACCCAUCGCUGCCGUCGUUGAACCCAUCGCCACCACCGUCGAACCCAUCAAUUGACAACCCAUCGCCGCCGCCGUCGAACCCAUCAAUCGACAACCCAUCGCCGCCGCCGUCGAACCCAUCAAUCGACAACCCAUCGCCGCCGCCGUCGAACCCAUCAAUCGACAACCCAUCGCCGCCGCCGUCGAACCCAUCAAUCGACAACCCAUCGUCGCCGCCAUCGCCAGCAAACCCAUAG